AUGGGACCUUUUCUUCCUUCUUUUGCUAAUGAAAAUAUUCUAGUUGCAGUGGAUUAUGUCUCCAAGUGGGUAGAAGUCAUCGCCACACCAAAGGCGGAUGCCAAAACGGUGCUAAAAUUUUUAAACCGAAACAUAUUCACACGUUUUGGCAUGCCUAAAGUGAUAAUAAGCGACGGUGGAUCUCACUUUGUUAACGAGCAGGUAGCUAAAGUGCUGGAUAAGUAUCAUAUCAACCACAAGAUCGCAUCACCGUACCACCCCCAAACCAACGGGCAAGCGGAGAUCUCAAACAGAGCAAUCAAGAAUAUUCUAGAGAAGACUGUCUCAGAAUCCCGUAAAGACUGGUCGGUAAGGAUUGAUGAUGCCUUGUGGGCAUAUAGGACAUCAUACAAAGCAGCAACUGGUGCAUCUCCUUUUCAAAUGGAGGUAGAACACAAAGCAUUAUGGGCUCUACGAGUAUUUAAUAGGGAUGACAGUCUAGCCUAUAAGAAAAGGAGGAAUCAACUCCACGAGCUUGAAGAAUUCAGGUACCUAGCAUAUGAGUCCAAUAAGAUGUACAAAGAAAACAUGAAAAGGUACCAUAACAAGAAAAUCAAGAAAAAAGAGUUUAAUGUGGGCGACCUAGUGCUUCUGUAUAAUUCAAGACUAAGACUCUUUCCAGGAAAGCUAAAGUCAAAAUGGUUAGGACCGUUCAUCAUCAAGGAAGUCAAACCAUAUGGUGCUAUCACCAUUGAGGAUAGUAAAACCAAGGAAAGUUGGACCGUUAAUGGAGAACGGUUGAAGAAUUAUCUUGGUGGAGAGUUCGACAGAGAAGUGUGCACACUCUCACUGUUAAGCACUUAA